AGACAGCCAAGACAGAAUACUGAAAUGCCGAUCGAUGGCCUCUAUAUGACCUUGAAUGUCGUCUCUUUUUCAAAAGUACUACAUAUUUUCACUGACAGCAGAACUAUGUACAAACAAUAUAAGGUAGUGAUAGUUAACUUUAUAUAUUUGCCUCACAAAUAUAAGCUUUCUCAAGACCUCCGGGUUCGCCGAGUUUGCAGCAGAGCACCUGCCUUUUCUACGAAAUCUCUGCAGAACGGGACCAAAGGUGUGACAAGAUUAGAAGAUUAUGUUGGAAAAUACUUGGUCGCCAUAUUUUAUCCUUCGAACUUCCUAAAACUAUCAUCACAGGAGCUAUUAAAUUUCAACAGUUAUUUGUCAAACUUUCAAGAAAUCAAUUGUGAAAUUUUAGCAAUCUCUCCGGAUUCCCUAGAAUCUCAUAUCGCAUGGUAUUGCGCGCCAAUUCAGAAGAAUGGACUUGGUGAAAAUGUCCAUUUUCCAUUACUAGAAGAUAAAAAUAUGAGAAUCUGCAAAGCAUAUGGAGUUUCUAAUGAGGAUAAUGGAAGUGCUUUAAUGAGCAUUUUUGUAAUCGAUACAAACGGACUGAUACGUAUUACCGUAUGUUUAGAUAAAGGAAUACACGUUUCUGUAAAGGAUAUACUGCGAAUGGUGAGAGAUUUACAAAUGAAAGAUAAGGAAGAUGAAUUGGAUAUUUUAAGACAUUCGGAAACAUCAGUAACAACGACGCCACUUGAUUAGUUAAGAAAAGUGAUUAGAAGUGUUAUGUGUUAUUUUACAUCUGGUUAGUUUUCAAAUGUCAAUGAUUUUUGUCUCUGUAAGACAAUCCCUUCUGUUGAACCCCAUGUAAAUUCAUGUUUAUUGUAGAAUUUCUAACUUGUUUCUUUUCAGUUCUACCGUUACUUUUAAACCUUGAUAUGUUAUGAUUUAUUCUAUCAUUGCUUCGAUUUGUUUGUUUGUAUCUACUUUCCGAUGAUAAUGCGAAACAUAUUUAUAGUUUUAUCCGAUUGGAUAAUACUCCUUAUACUUAUGAUAUGAUGUAUACAAUUUCAGCUUAGGAAAUAUAACGAAGCAUAUUUUCGAUUCGCUUUCUUUGAAAUUUGAUUUUCUAAAACUGAUUCGUUUAUUGAUAGCUUAACGUUUCGCUUUUUCGUUUCAAACUACUUUAAAUAGUAUAAACAAACAUCGGAAAGUUGUAGGCAUUUAUAGAUCGUGAUUGUUUAUAGAUGGUCAUAUUCGUUUGAGUUCAAAAUUUGUUCAUUAAUAUAUCUGUGUUUGAACUCUUAUACACCGCAUAUUUUUGUCUAAA